AUGUAUAGGCAGAUCCUGGUGCACCCUGACGACCAAAGCCUGCAAAGGAUAUUGUGGAGAAAGAACGCUAACAACGAAAUCAAGGAGUACUGGCUGGAUACUGUUACUUACGGUCUAUCCUGUGCUCCUUAUCUGGCAAUCCGCACUUUACGCCAACUGGCCGAGGACGAAAGACAUCGUUACCCGAAAGGAGCCAUCAUUCUGCUGAGCGACGUCUACAUGGACGACAUCCUGACCGGUGCGGAGACCAUGAAAGAAGCCGAAGUCAUGCUACAACAGCUGAUUGAUAUCUGCAAGGCGGGCGGCUUCUCGCUUAAGAAGUGGUCGGCAAACCACUCGCUACUGCUGAACCAAGUGGGGCCCGACGACCGCCUUCAACAAAAGGCCAGAUGGUGGCUGCCCGGCGAGAGUCACUCCACUCUCGGGUUACGCUGGCAACCCCGGGACGAUCGCUUCGCCUUCGCCACCAAACGGAUCAAUCUAUCGACCAUCACCAAAAGGUCGGUACUUUCACUGACAGCAAAGAUGUUAGACCCUCUCGGCUGGCUGUCCCCAACAACAGUACUGGCUAAGAUCUUCAUCCAGUCAACCUGGUUGCUAGCCUCGAUUGGGACGCUUCGCUGCCAAUCGACGAAGAGAGGAGAUGGCUACAAUUCCAGAGCGAGCUGCCUGCUCUGGAAAACUUGCUCGUACCUCGAUGGCUGGGAGGCUUGGCUGACUCACAACGGGAGAUCCACGUUCGCCGAUGCCUCAGGGCGUGCCUACUCAGCUGUGCUAUACCUAAAGACCAAAACAAAGGAUAUUACUAAGGUGGCUCUCUUAGCUGCGAAAACCAAGGUCGCGCCCUUGAAGCAAGUCUCCUUACCUCGGCUGGAGCUGUCUGCCGUCACUUUUCUGGCUCGUCUAGCCACCCACACCGUACCAAUCAUCGGAGCAGACAAGGCACCUCUUCAUAUGUGGUCUGAUUCCACCGUCACGCUCGGCUGGAUCUGUGGGCAUCCUUCGACGUGA